UAGUACAGUUUGAAAAUGGAUGAAUAAUUUUUAUAUGGCGCAAAAAUAAACACACAGCUCAACUAUCAUUCCAUGACAAUGAUAUUAACUUCUCUUCGCGGUCAUUUUCUCAAACACUUUUACUGCACUACCAGUACCAUUAUCACCGGCCGUUUCUUCACCGUCCGCCGCCGCGUUCACCGCCUAAUUCCGUUCAUUCACUUCUCCAAAUCCUCUGUUUUUCCGUCGCAAGAAAAAUACCAGCAUUGGAAACACAUUCAGACCGCCGCCAAAUCUUCUACGUUAUCUUCUUCUGCUAGUGAUUCAUUCAGUUCGCCGUACCUAUCUGUUCGCAUUUGCUGUCAAAAGGAUGUUGCCG